AUGGAAGUAGAUAAUAGAAUGAAAGCAUACUUAGUACUUCAAGGAAAUUUGUUAAUUGAUGAGUCUGCUAGAUUGGUUAAUAGAAAUUUAGAAGGAGAAAUCAAACAAGUAAGUAUUAUUAAAUUAUUUGGAUUAUUAUUUGAGCAUUGUAAAUAUGAGAAGUCGUAUUAUGCGUUAUUGUCAUUUAUACCAAGAUCACCUCUGAAUUCAUACAAUUCAUUUGUUAAAGAAUUUGAUGGAUUAAAAAAUAAACUAGGAGAUUUGUAUACUGAUGAUUCUCCAUUGGUUCAAUGUGUAACAAACAUUUCAAGAAUUAUUACUUUGAGAAAAAAGUUAAUUGAAAUAUUACCAAAGAUACCAAAAUCAAUUGAUUAUUUUGAACAAGUUAAUAUUCAACAAAGUGAAGUCUAUAAUUCCCUUUUUUCUAGAACUACAGAAUAUGAACAAAAGAGAGUUGAAGAGAUUGAUGAUAUGCAAAAUAUUUGUCUUGUUCCAUUAAAGAGAAAUGUGUUAAAUGAACUAGAGUUAUUAAGAAACUUAGUUCAAAGUAGUGUUUUUCUUCAAAAGAGAGAAUAUAAAGAACUUGGAAAAUUGUAUGAAAGUUGUACGAAAAUAUUAUUAGAUUGGAAAGAUUUAGUCUUAAGUGAAUUAGAAGGAUGUAAUGAUUUAAUUCCUGUUGCAAUUAAAACAUUUAAUGAAUAUCCUUUUUUUAAAAUGAUUCGAAAUUGGAUUAAUGCUCUUGGUGAUUUGGCUAAUAUUCUUGGUAAUUUCCAUGUACAAUCAAAUUAUUUCCAUUCUAUUAUUGAAGACUACUUAAAAGAUGGUAUCAUGUUUAUGUAUUUUCAAAAAACUGAAAUUAUCCAACCUAUUCUUUGUGUACCAACACAAGCCUAUAUUGUAUAUGGAGACCUUGUACUCGACUAUCUUACUCAUCACCUUUCAAUUGAAGAAAAACUCUUUUAUAAAGGACCUGAUCAUUCAUUUAAUGACAAUAAUAUUGCUUUUUAUAUUUAUAUAAAGAAAGAAGAAGUAUUUGUAAUUGUUGUCCAGUCAAAUAAAUCUAUAGAGAAAGACGAUUCAGUCUUCAAUUUCCUUGAUGAGUUAAUGAAUGACAUGUUUUGCUUUAAGUCUAUUUUUAAUUAA